CUGCUGUUGUGAACUCCUCUGCCAGUCCGAGUUUCCAAUAAGAGAGAGGAAAUGCCAGGAGGUGGCGAGAACGGCCAGACGAACGGAGGUCACGAGCAGAGCGCCAUGGAGGAAGGGAGGAAGGAGGAGUACAACCAGGGCUGCGGCUUCGCCAUCUCCAUCCCGUUCGUCCAGAAGAUCCUUGCUGAGAUCUUCGGCACCUACUUCCUGAUCUUCGCCGGGUGCGGCGCGGUGACGGUGAACCAGAGCCGGCACGGGCAGAUCACGUUCCCGGGGGUGGCCAUCGUUUGGGGCCUGGCCGUGAUGGUGAUGGUGUACGCGCUGGGCCACAUCUCCGGCGCGCACUUCAACCCCGCCGUGACCUUCGCCUUCGCCACCGUGCGCCGCUUCCCGUGGCGGCAGGUGCCGGCCUACGUGCUGGCGCAGAUGCUGGGCGCGACGCUGGCGAGCGGCACGCUGCGGCUCAUGUUCGGCGGCAGCCACGAGCACUUCCCGGGGACGCUCCCCGUCGGGUCGGACGUGCAGUCGCUGGUGCUGGAGUUCAUCAUCACCUUCUACCUCAUGUUCGUCAUCUCCGGCGUCGCCACCGACAACCGAGCCAUCGGGGAGUUGGCAGGGCUGGCCGUGGGCGCAACCAUCCUGCUCAACGUGCUUAUCGCUGGGCCCAUCUCAGGAGCGUCGAUGAACCCGGCUCGGUCGAUCGGGCCGGCGCUGGUCGGUAGCGAGUACAGGUCCAUCUGGGUCUACGUGGUGGGGCCCAUGGCCGGAGCCGUCGCCGGAGCUUGGGCGUACAACCUCAUCAGGUUCACCAACAAGCCCCUGCGCGAGAUCACCAAGAGCGGCUCCUUCCUCAAGAGCAUGAGCAGGGCCAACUCCGUCUCCGUAUAAAUUAGUUAACCGUCAGUGUAUCCGAUCAGGAACCUAUAUGUCUACCUACCGUACGUGACCGUCGAUCCGUGCCGUCCAUGGCGCGUCGAGCGGGGGUACCUACCCUCUGCGUACUCCGCCUCUAGUAAUUUUUCUUGGUGUAGCCAGACCUGCCUUCCAGGCUGCGAGAGUAUGUAUAUGUGCAAAAAGUUGUGUUUUGGAA